AUGGGACACGGUCCACGGACAUCCGAGAAAAGAAUGAAGAAAGACAAAGAGACCAAACGGGAGGAGGCGGACGUUUAUGUUGCAAAGACCCCCGAAGAUAUUGAAGAUGACAAAAUGAAAGAGGAGGUUCUUGAGAACACACCUGAGCGAAUAGUUUCGGUCUUUGUCACUAAAGUGCCAUACACAUUCACUGAAAAAACGUUUGCAAAUUUGUUUGUGAAGUACAAGAAGUUUGUUUAUAAGACACGGGCAUUUUUAUUUAAAAAUGGUGUGUGCAAGGGUUUUGGGUUUGUUGAUGUGAUCGACAAGGAAAAUGCGAAUAGAAUUAUCAGAGAAAUGAAUGGCUUAGAGGUUGAAGGUGAAGAUGGCCCUCAUCAAUUAGUUCUUGAACUCUCUGAGAAGUUGGCCUAUGUCAAACAAACUAAAUGUUUUGUGUGUGGGAAAACCGGACACACUAAAAGCAACUGCCCCGAAGUGGUCGAGGCACAAAAGAAAGACAAAGAGAACAUUCAAAAUUUGAAGAAGCAAAUCGACGCAAAGGAUAAGAACGACUCGAAGAAGAAAAAGUCGGCUGUUACUGUGAAAACUGGAAAAAAUUGA